AUGGCAGCAACGACAAAGAAGAAUUCCCAAAAAUCAUCGGWUCAAGCAACCAAGAAGCCCGAGUUCAAGCCCAAGGAUCAUUCUCAACUUCACUCGCUGCUCACCUUACCAGACGAGCUAUGGCAAACAGUACUGGAAGCAGCCUGCACAUUUCCUCCAGAGAUAUUCAGAGGAGUCAUGUUGAAUCUCGUGAAGAAUCCCAACGUGACCUCCAGUCAUCUAUUUCGCGCAGACAUUUUCUACGACAGUGAGAACGAUCUUCUCCUCAACCCUGAUGAUCCCAGCCAAGGCAUGGCGAAGCACAUGAAAGCAGAAUACCGGCCGAGGUCAACACAAUGGCCAGAUUUCACUCUGGAUAGAACGAUUGUGCGGCAGUUGGUUCCUCGCAAUCCACAGGUUGACAACCCUUUGAUCCAGACUUGCCAAUUCUUUCACAGGCAUGGCAUGGCCGAGAGUGACGAGAUGGAGCAGAUCCUGGUGGUGUAUACUCCGCAUGUUGAGCGGCCGGAAGACGUACCYUUCUACCACCCGCAAGUGUCUCAAUUGGCAUUUCUACAUACCUGGCAGCCCGUACCCGCUGAACCGGAUAUUUCAGGUGGCUCUUUGAGUUUACUCUAUCGACUAUUUCCCGAUGGCUCGUUGGAAACUAAGCUCUCUCGAACUGCUCUUCGUCUACUGCAGACCGUUCACAAGCACGGCGAGGGUCAGCAUGCUGGUUAUGAGAAGCGUGUACAUCACGAUCAGAUCAUCCCGCAGAAACGUUACCAAGAUACAUAUACCCGUUUGAAAACCGCAUACGGCAGGAAGCUUUCGGAACAGUGGGUUGAAGUCACAGAUCCUGGAAAGMACGUUUUUGAAGAUAUUGGAAUCGCGGCUUUCUUGAUUGAGCUGUGGCGGGACCUCUACGUCUUACCCGGUAUACAGUCACGUCAAGACGAUACCUCUGAGAAGCCGCCUUUCCCUGGUUUUGUCGACAUUGGCUGUGGUAAUGGUCUGCUUGUCUUCAUCCUUCUCAGUGAAGGCUACCAGGGCUGGGGAUUCGAUGCAAGAGCGCGCAAGACGUGGAGCACAUUCCCCUCUGAGAUUCAAGAGAAACUCCAGCAACGAAUUCUGGUGCCUGGGAUUCUGCAGCAGCAGCAUGCUUCUUCAAUAAGCGUAGAGGACUGGCACGAUGGCAUCUUCCAAAAGGGCGCGUUCAUUGUGUCGAACCACGCGGAUGAGUUGACACCAUGGACGCCUCUACUCGCAUACCUCAAUCAUUCUUCUUUCAUUGCAAUUCCAUGCUGCAGCCAUGAUCUAGCAGGAGCAAGAUUCCGAGCGCCACUUAUGAGCAAAGGCGCGAAAAUCGCACACGACCGGUUACCUCAGCAGUCAAAGAAUGAUCCAGACGACGAAGUAGAACCCUCGCCGUGUGUGAAUGGCCAGGCUGCAGAGACGGGCUCCCUCAAACGAUCCGAAGAACAAAAGAAGAUGCCUUCUGCAUAUUCGACGCUGUGCUCUUACGUUACUAGUCUCGCCAUGGAAGUUGGGUACAGGCCCGAGCAGGACGUGUUGAGGAUUCCAAGUACGAGGAACUCGUGCAUUGUGGGAAGAUACAGGGACGAGGGAGAGGUUUCUGAUGAUGAGGAUGUCAGAUUACAGACUGUCGUGGAGCUCGUUGAACGGGAGUUGAAGACUGGAAUCUCCUCAGUUGCAGCAGAUUGGAUCAACAGAGCCGAGAAGUUGAUGAAAAAGCCCACCAGUGGGCAUUGA